CACAAGCAGGGGUCUGUCUACUCCCCACCCCCUUUGCCCCAUCCUGUUUACCUGCUUGAAGAAUUUCAAAGGAGCUCUGUGUGUGCUCAUUUAUGAGGAAGGGUUGGAGGAAGAAGAAAAAGGGGACUGCUUCUGCUGCACCUUCAUUUUAAGAGUGGCCAAACAGACUUACAAGAAGACUGAAAACCAGGACCUUCCUAGCUGAGAAAAAAGGCUUUUCCAUCAGUAGGUGCAUUGACGUAAAGACAUGGCUUUCGAACUGUGGUUUGCUCUUUCCCUGUGCCUUGUGUUGGGAACCUCUGAAGCUGGAAAGCAAAUGCCUAAACUCUCUGACAAGAAACUCUGCGCUGACUCUGAGUGCAGCUACCCUAUCUUGAUAGCUCGUGCACUGCAGGACUACUACCCCGGAGACUGCAGGUUCAUCCCCAUCAGGCAGGGGCAGCUUGUCUAUGUUUAUGCAAUGCUUAAAGACAGAGGGAAUCUCUUCUGGGCUGGCAGCGUACAAGACUCCUAUUAUGGACAACAGGAAGCUCGCAUUGGCCACUUCCCCAGCAGUGUAGUGGAGGAGACACAUGCUCUCAUGCCAGCCACAACUGAAGUCAAAACUACUAAAUGGGACUUCUACUGUUACUGAUAAUACACUUCCCAAGAAACUUAACUUGAUAUGAUGCACACUGCUGACAGCUUAUUUUUAUGCAUCUAAUAACAUGAGCGCCAAUAGAAGUAUGCAUAAACUCUCCACAGCAAUGAAUGCAUGUAUUAUUAUGAUAACGUAUUAUUAUAAUUUCAUGACUUCUCCAUUGAUCGUCUUGCUGUCUUUCAAUGU